AUGGUUGGAUAUUUUAAUCCAAAAUUUAAAGCCAAAAACGAAGGAAAGCGGAAAGUAUUAGCGGUAAAACGUAAGCGUCCAGUCACAGUAGUGCAGAGUCGGGCAUUUCUUACUAUGAGGCUCGUUAACGAUGUUAGUCUGCCGAUUUAUGAGGAAGUAAACGGCUAUGUACUUUCCUUAAUAUUACUCACACAUCUCUCUCUCACUAAAGAAAAUAUAGAGCAACCUGGUACAAGUGAUUUACAACCGCCAUCAGUGUCACGAAUUAUCCCAACAAAAAGAGUGCUAGAUAUAGAAGAGUUACCUCUUGAUUCUUCAAAUUUUUUUUUUGCUAUUUAUUCUAUUUCAAGUUUUAAAGAAUUGAGAAUACUGAAUCUUUAUUGGGAAAAUCCUUAUUCAAGACCGCUACUCAGCGAAUUGUUGGAAACAUCUUACGGUAUCAUUGAAGAAAAAUUUCAACUAAUUGAUUUUAAUGACACUGACAAUCAAAACACAGAAAGAAGAGAAAGUAGAAGCAACGACGCAAUUAGAUUCGGAACAACGUCACGUUCAAUAAACGAAGGACACGAUGAUAAACAUUUAUCGAAAUCACUAGAAGAAUAUCCUUCUUCAUAUUAUUUAAAAGAAGGGACAUCAACAGCUCAGAUGUCUAUCGCAACAUUUCAAAUGAAUUCAACAUCCGAAAAAGAAUUAUUAGAAAAAUUUGGAUAG